AAUAAUUAUUACCAAAUAAGCUUGACUUGAGUGAAGUGAGGUUAUGUAAAUUUGUUUUGUUUACAUUUUUACCUUUUUUAAUAUGACUUGUGCGUUUUAAGGGCAAAUUCCUUAAUAUUUUCAUGUUAAAUAUGCAUAAAAAGUAUUAGUCCACAGUAAUUUGAAAAAAUCUUACUAGAUUCAUUAUGGGUAGAUAUUCAAGUGAUUCAGAUAACCAGGAAAGACGGUCCGCAAGGUCCUCAAACAGGACUCGUCGCCGAUCUUCUUCGGACGAUUCCUCUUCAGGUAAAAACCGUAGAUCGAGCAAAAAAUCUUCUAAGAGGUCAACAUCAAGAAGCAAAGACCACUAUUCUAGGUCUCGAAGAUCUAGAAGUAGCUCAUAUACCAGGUCUCGUACGACUCGUAGAUCACCCUCAAGAGAGAGAUCGAAAAAAAGAUCUAAAUCCAGGGAUAGGUAUCGUUCAAGACGCUCCAGAUCUAAAUCCUACAUCAGGGAGUACAGUUCCAAACCUAAAAGGAGGUCCUCCUCCAGUUCACCCGAGUCUGACAGAAGCAAAAAUAAUAAGAAAACCCUCAAGAGUAAACCACCAAAACCAAAGUUCCCGAUGGCCGAAGAUUCUUCGGAUAGUCUUGUAGCAAUCGAUGCUGCCGCCCUAGAUCAGAUCAAUGAAGAUAAGUUCGUGCAAAAAUCAUUCUCCUCCAAUAAAUCCAAUAAAGUUUUGGACAAUAUCGUGAUAGAUUUGCAUAAGCAAACCAUCAAAGUACCGGAAAUGGAACAGGUGGAACCCGACAGUAUUUUCCAUCACGGUUUGUUCGGCGAUCCCGAUUUGAGGUUGGAAAAGUGGGUCAAGGAUCUGUUUUCUUAUAGGCAAAAGGCCUUACAGCAGCAAGAAAAAGUCUAGUGUUUUUUUAUUGACGUAUUCUAAUUAAGUGAUUAUAGUUAAUUAAAUUUCUUUCCAAUUUUUUUGAACUAAGACCUUUUUUGCUGUAUUAUUACUUUUUACUUAACUAAUUUAUAAUACAUUGCGGGUAAUGUAAUAAAACCGAUAUGAUUCCUAAA